AUGACUACCGCUGAUCAUGUUGGACAACAAGACCCCGGUCAUCUUGAGACCACUGAGCACGCAAAAAUGGACAUUGCGACCGCAGAACAUGUUGAACGCACUCGAACAAGGGAGUCCGACAUGGCUCCAGAAAAGGUGGCUGUGGAUGCAAAACUAGAUGAGUUCGGAGCUCGAAGCAAAAUCGACCCCAAGGAGAUCGCUUUGGUAAAGAAGCUUGAUCGAACCAUUCUUCCUAUGCUCUGGAUAAUGUACUUCUUCAACUUUCUGGACCGAAAUGCCCUCGUCAACGCCAAACUCAACACUUUAGACGAAGACCUGGGUCUUGUAGGAACUCAAUACAACACUCUCAUCUCUAUCUUAUUCGUGGGAUAUAUUGCUGGACAGAUCCCCUCCAACAUGAUCUUGAACCGUGUCAGACCGUCGUGGUACUUGGGUGGCUUUUGCAUGGCCUGGUCUCUUACUUGUCUUCUAACUUAUCUGGCCAACGAUUUCGGGAGCAUGUUAGCAUGCCGCUUCAUGCUCGGUCUCACAGAGGCUCCAUUUUACCCUGGUGCUCUCUUUCUCCUGUCUCUGUUCUAUACCAAAAAAGAAAUCGCCACACGCAUGGCCAUAUUUUACACUGGAAACAUGAUGGCCUCUAGCUUUGCUGGCCUCAUUGCCGCUGGUGUGUUCGCCGGUCUCGACGGUAAACACGGUCUUUCUGGAUGGCGAUGGCUCUUCAUCAUUCAGGGUACCCUAUCCAUCGGUGUCGCAUUCUUCUCGAUCUACCUGCUUCCGGACCACCCUCUGAACACUCGCUGGCUUACACCUGAACAACGUCAACUUGCCCACACACGUAUCGCAGCCGACACCACGCAGCGAGAAGAAGCAACCAGCGUCAUGGUCGGUCUUCGACAAGCCCUCGUCGACUGGCGCACCUGGGUUUUCUGUCUCAUGUACAAUAUGCACGUAUCCUCCGUUAGUUUCCAGAGCUUCCUGCCCACGGUUGUACGAACUCUUGGAUAUGAUACCACUACAACUCUGGCAUUAACAUGCCCGCCAUACUUGCUGGCUGCAGCUAUGGCCGUUGCCAUGUCGUACACUUCAGGUCGUUACAACGAGCGCACAUGGCACAUCACCGUAUGCAAAGCUGUAAUCAUUAUCGGUUUCAUCAUCCCUGCUGUUACAACAAACGUGGCAGCACGCUUUGUAGCCAUCUUUCUGUUUGUUCCCUUUUCAUUUGGUAUCAACAACAUCAUGCUUGGCUGGACAUCCGCAACCUUGGGCCAGACGCCAGAGAAAAAGGCAGUGGCUCUGGCCAUCUGUAACUCCAUCGGCAACCUUUCGAGUGUGUAUACGCCCUAUCUAUGGCCGUCAAGUGACAAUCCGCGCUUUCUGAAGGCCUGGAUGGCGGCUAUUGCGUUCUCGGUGGUCGCCGUGAUGGCAGUUUGGCUCAUGCGGUUCAGUCUGCAAUGGAAGAACAAGAAACUCCGAGAGACCAACCCAGAAACACUAGUAUUCUACGUCUACUAG